GCAAAUGUUAUUCUAAUACACAGCUGUAUGCAGCAGUAGUGUGAGCAUGCGCACUGGAAGAAGCGAAUACGGUGAAGAUUCAAAGUUUUUGUCCAAUUUGCGAUUUAACACCAGCAUCAGACUAUGUUUGGCUUUCACAAGUCAAAGAUAUACCGGAGUAAUGACGGCUGCUGCAUCUGCAAGACCAAGUCUUCCAGCUCCCGCUUUACAGACAGCAGUCGUUAUGAAGAAACCUUCAGGCUCUGCUUUGGGCUGUCAGAGGAGCGUGUUGGAGACAUUUGCAAUGCCUGUGUCUUACUGGUAAAAAGGUGGAAGAAAUUACCUCAUGGAUCCAAGAAGAAUUGGAGCCAUGUGGUUGAUGCCAGGGCAGGGCCAGGUUUCAAAAUGACAAAACCCAAGAAGAUGAAGAACAGUGAUGGAAAGAAAAAGAGCAAAUUAAAGAAGCUUCACAAGUUAAAACGACAAAAUUCUGAUGCCCAUAGCACUACAUCUAGUGUGUCCCCAGCCCAGUCCCCCAGUUACAGCAACCAGUCGGAUGAUGGUUCAGAUAUCGAAUCCAAACAAAGGAGGUCAUCUCCGUCCAUCUACUCCUUUUUGGAUCGGUCAUACUGGAAGCGGCAAAAGGUGUGCUGUGGGAUAGUCUACAAAGGUCGCUUUGGAGAGGUCAUCAUUGAUCCUCGUCUUUUCAAACCUUGUUGCAGUACCAAAAAGCAGAAGACGCUGGUAUCCACACAGGUGGCCACACACCUCCCAGAGUCCCUUCCUCCGCAGCUACCAGAAAAUAUUAAAGACACCUGGUGAUGGCUUUUGUUGUACACCUUUAUAGGGUGAUCCACGGCAUUCACCUGGAUUUGUCUCCAGUGGCAGACUUAUCAUUUUACGUUGGUAAAUAGCAUAGUUUACUCGUUCAUCUUUUUUUUUUUUUUUUAUUAGUUUGUAUACUUUUUUACAGAAAGAUGAAAAGAUAAAAAAAAAUGUGCAUUAGUAUUAUUUAUAGGAAGACUUAUUUUGUUAAGAUGCCUUUGUUUAUUUUUCUAGAAAAUGAGCUACACACAUUGUAAAUAUAACAUGUUUUUAUACAUAUCAGUACUGAAGAACCGUCACUAGUUUUCUCUAAUUCCAUCUUUUUUAUAAUACCAUGUUUUUGUUGUAAAUGUUUCACAUGUGACUCCAUAGAUAUUUUAGCACAAAAGGGCUAAUCCUGACACCAGCAAAAUGUCUCUAGUAUGUUAGCUGUUAAUUAACUUGUUAGCUUUUAUUGUGUUGAUAAUGAUAAAUAUUUUUUUCCAUUUAAAGUGUAAACACAGCCAAUUUAAUUUGUCCAGUCAUUGGUGAAUGAAUUAGAUAAUUUGAAACCAUGCAUGCAGUACAUUCCCCUGCCUGCCUAUUUAUUUUUUUUUGUACAGCCGUCUGUCAAAUAGCAAUGCACAUUGUAAACAUAAUGUUUUGUAAAUACAACAUUUAAGCUUUUGGUACUUUGAAACUUCUUUUUAUCAGGAAUUGCGACCACUACUUCUGUAUUUUUUUUAACAGAAGAUGCUGAAAACUCGAUUUUCUUAUACCGAACCGGUUUAUCAAUUUUCCAACUUAGUUUCACACAUUCCUUUAACACUCUAAAGCCAUUUAGAAUAGGGUUACAGUUUUAAAGAAGCAAUACAGGGAUUAUAGUUGCAGCUUUUAGCGACUCAUUAAUAUCUUUGAUUACUUUAAAGAUACAAUUGUUCAAACUAUGCAGACGUUUUGAAUGUUGGGAGGUCUCUGGGCUCUUUUUCACUUCUGCUAUGGUAGCUUGAAGUGUAUUUUCUUCUAAACCAAAUUUGUAUGGACAAGGCUUCACUUCUGCAAUAAUUCCCCUUCAUAAAACCUAUUUCUUGUGUUUAAACUUUAAAACCAUGCUGAAAUUUCACAGUUUUAGCCAGUGCAUAACCAUCUCAAUUCUUUCAGUCUCCAAACUUCCAUAAUUGACAAACACCUCACAUGAAGCUGCUGAAAUAUACACGUUUGUGCGGCAGGGUAAAGUGCUUAAGCUUGUUAUAAUUCUUAAGAUGAUGCUGCUUCCCUUUAUUCUGGAAUAAGCUUUUUCUGUCCUUAGGGCGUUGCCAUAUUUUCACAAGGCACAUUUUGGAUGAAUAAUGUGCCUUAGGAAUUGCCCUAAUUUUGGACUUUUGUAAUUUAUAUUUAUUUAUGACCUUUUUUACUGAAAUGAUAAACUGGUGUUGAGCCUCUGAGAAGUCGUUUUUUAUUUUGUGCACUUCUGUUGGAUAUGUGAUGUAGAUGUUUUUAAUGCUUUCGUAUACUGUACCACAAUGUAGAUAAUUACUGUAAUAAAAUGUUCCCAAAAAAGGG